AUGGCUGUUACAAGUGCGAGAAGCAUUGUGAAUAUAAAACAGAAGGGGCACUUCGAGCAUGACAAUGCGAGGAUUCACAAAUAUACGUUGGCGGACGAGCUGCCAGCCAAACUAUCAGAGCUUGAACUACGGCCUCGGGGUAUGUCUAAGCCUGCCUACACACUCUGCAGACUCAGCCCGCAAGACAAGGAAGCUGUUCUCGAUUUCCUUAGAAGAUUCUUCUUUCGUGACGAGCCUCUGAACCAGACAGUCAAUCUGCUAGAAACACCGCAAUCAAGAUGUAUUGAAUUAGAAGAGUAUGCGGCGAGCACCCUAUGCGACGGCGUAUCAGUUGCAGCUGUGGACGGCAAUGGAGAAUUUGUUGGUCUCGUCAUAAAUGGUCUUGCCAGGAGAGAGGAAGUCGACUACACGGACAAAUCUGAAGAGUGUCCCCAUCCAAAAUUCAAACGGAUUCUCAAGCUUUUGGGGCAUCUGGACCGCGAGGCUCGCAUCUGGGACAAGCUUCCGAAGGAGUGCCACACUGUCAUGGAGGUCCGGAUAGCGUCCACACACUCCGACUGGAGGGGGCGAGGACUUAUGAGGGUCCUUUGUGAAGAAUCUGAACGAAUAGCAAGAGAAGUCGGCGCUGGCGCUAUGCGUAUGGAUACCACUUCAGCGUUCUCAGCGGCCGCAGCGGAGCGUCUCAACUACAAGAAUAUAUACGCAAGCAAAUAUUGUUUCAUCUGCAAUAAGUUACCAGUAGAAUUUAUUGUGUAUGAAUGA